UGUCACUGCUAUUGCUAGCUUCACAGUCACUUGUAGCUAGCCGUUCAUCAUCCAUGGCCUCCAACUCGUUGGCCUCCCUUCCACUCUUCCUCUCCCUCAUCCUCGUCUCCUGCAAUCUCAUUGUCGCCUGCGGCGGCGGCGGCUGCGGAGGAGGAGGUGGCGGAGGCGGCGGAGGAGGAGGAGGAGGAGGAGGAGGCGGAGGAGGAGGUAUUGUCCCAAUUCUGCCUAAUCCUUCCCCGCCGAGCCCCUGCACUAGGCCUACCCCGACGCCCAGCCCCGGCGGUGAGGGUAGGUGCCCCCGCGACACGCUCAAGCUGGCGGCGUGCGCCAAUGUGCUGAACGGGCUGAUCAACGCGACGGUGGGGACGCCGCCCAGAGAACCGUGCUGCACCCUGAUCGAGGGCCUGGCGGACUUGGAGGUGGCCGUAUGCCUCUGCACCGCCAUCAGAGCCAACAUCCUCGGCAUCCGCCUCAACAUCCCCAUCGACCUCAGCCUCCUCGUCAACUACUGCGGCAGGAGGGUUCCUAGGGGCUUCCAGUGCAAUUAGUUCGCAUUCGCAGCAUCUUUAAUUAAUAAUAAUAAUGUCGUCCGUGUUGCUUGAUCUAUCUGCAUGAAUGUUCUUGUUAUAUUUUGCUUCGUUUGGCCUUCGGUAUUAUGAUCCUUUGUGCGCUUUAUAUGAAUUGUAAGAUUAUAAACAUAUCCCAGUAAUUUAAAAUAUAUUUAUGAUGUUUCUAUGUUA